UUGACCACAGUCAGUGUGCGUCUCUGGUUUCGCAGAGCUGCGUGGAGAGGAAUGGAUCACAACAGGGAACACAGUCACAACUUUUAAAUUCAGGAGGACAAUUCACUUUAAUAUCGUGAAGAAAUCUGCUCGUUUAGUUACCAAGACAGAUGGAGAAGGAUUUCCCACCAACACCGACUGCUUUCAACACCCAGAAGUCAUGCCCUGUCUUGGAUGGGCCCUCUCCUCCCUACCCAGUACAGACUCCUCCUUCACCCAUCUCCAAUAACCACUCUACUCCUCCCUCUCAGCCUGCCAAAGCUCCAUCCUCCACAAAAAACACCACAGAACCCACUAAACUGUCUUAUUCCUCCCCACCAUCCACUCACACCAUCUCUAAACCGAUGGAUUCACCUCCUUCUUUAGGUGGCUCAAAACCUUUAUCUCCUGCUGUGUCCUCUAAAUCCCUGUCUACAGCUGUUUCCUCUGCACUCCCAUCUCCUGCUGAUAACAAAACACCAUUUACUACUCCUCAAGUCUCCAACCUCACUUCUGCAACCAGUUUAGCCUGUAACACUCCUACAGAUUCCCAUCCAGCUUCCCCCACCACUGCUUCCACUACAGCUCCCUCCACUUCUUCCACCGCCCCCAUGAAACUCACCUUUGCCUCCAUGGCCAAACGGGUCAUAUUACAGGAAAGACUCAGAAAAGCAGAGGAGGAGGAUGCCAAUGACGAAGAGGAUGAUGAAGAACCAGAGGAAGAUUUAUCCUUCCAGCAGAUGGAGGAGAAGGCCAAUGCUGGUGAUGCCAGAGCUCAAGCCCGGCUGGGUCAGCACUACUUGGCUCUUGCUAAAGAGAAGGAUACAGAGGAAAAUAAUUGUGUGGCUGUGAAAUGGCUUGUUAAAGCAGCGAAACAGGGAAGAAAAGGCGCAGCCAGAGUACUACAGCGCUGUUGGAUCCAGAACAAAGGAAUAACUCCAGAGAAUGAGGCAGAUGUGCGGAAGUUAGCGACAGAGACUAAGUUUGAGCAGACGGUGCGUAAAGCAGCCAUGAUGAUGUACUGGAAGCUCAAUCCAGAGAGGAAGAAGAAGGUGGCAAUGUCUGAGAUGCUAGAAAAUGUCGGCCAGGUCAACGGCAUGCAGGGUGGCAAUGCAAGCAGGAUUCCUGUCCCAACCUCAAACCAGACACAGAAAAUAUUGGAGAGCAUGGUCAGCAAAGAGUCCAAACAGCUGGUGGACCUGGAUGACUUUGUUGAGAUGACUAAAAACUAUGCACAGGGUAUUGUCCCCUCUGCACCUCAAAGUGGUAGCCAGGUCACAGCCAAGACUGAAAGCCCUGGACUUGCUUGUGACAGCAGUGGAGAGAGGCGCAAGGCUGAGCUGGGCCCUUCAGGAGGAAAGAGGGCCAACAAAAGUGCUUGGUGUUUUGGCCAAAGUGGGAUGAUGCUGCACAGGAAGCAGAGUAGGGCCAUAACAACAGCCAUGAUCAUGAAAUCACGCUUAAUGAUGCUGCAAUACCCGUUGCGUACCAUGAUUGAGAUGAAGGAGCACCUGGUCGACUGGGCAUCGCGGGCCGGUGUCCAAUGGCUGAGCACAAUUAUCCCUACGCAUCACGUCAACGCGCUCAUCUUCUUCUUCAUCAUCAGCAACCUGACAGUUGAUUUGUUUGCAUUUGUCAUCCCUCUGCUUGUCUUCUACCUCUCCUUCAUCUCCAUGAUUAUUUGCACUCUGCGUGUUUUUCAGAGCAGCAAGUCUUGGGAGAACUUUAGAGCCCUGACAUCUCUGCUGACACGUUUCGAACCUGGCCUAGAUGUGGAGCAGGCAGAGACCAACUUUGGCUGGAAUAAUCUUGAGCCAUACCUCUAUUUUAUUGUCUCUGUCUUCUUCGUCAUUUUCUCCUUCCCUGUAGCUGACAAGGGCUGGAUCCCCUGUUCUGAGCUCUCCACAGUGGCCAUCUUCUUUACUGCUAUCAGCUACCUGAGCCUCAGCCCCACCGCUACGACGUACGCACGCAAAGCAAUGAUCAUAGAGGUAACAUCAUCUCUAUGUAGCCUGACCCAGUUCCUGCCAAGGUCCAUGACAGUGCUUUGUUUUCUGGGACGCACCUUCGCCACACUACCACUAGGGGAGUCAGUGGAGCUGAAGCUCAGCAUCCCCUGCCUGCUGUAUAUCUACCUGUUCUAUCUGUUCUUCAGUAUGGCCAAGAUGCGUGGUUUCCGGGGAACUUACUGCUUCCUGGUGCCAUACCUUGUGUGCUUCAUGUGGUGUGAGUUCUCGGUGGUGCUCCUUCAGAAUUCCAAUGCUGUAGGUCUGAUCCGCACCUGUGUGGCCUACUUCCUCUUCCUGUUUGCUCUGCCUGUUUUGGCUUUGGGCCUUGCUACCAUGCUCUUCAUCCAGCUCUGCAAGUGGUUCCUCGAACUCGAGCUGACCAAGAUGAUUGUAACCCUGGUUGUAUGUGCGAUCCCUGUCACCCUGCGGCUCUGGACACGGUUUAGCAUGUCUAUUCUGGAUGUCUUCCGCUCACUGACGUCUCGCGGCCCUGUCAAGCUCAUCUUACUCUGUAUCUCCAUGGUGGUCCUGUUCUUCUCUAUUUAUGUGUAUCAUGCAGAGGGACAGAAAGUCUAUAACUCCACCCUGACUUGGAACCGAUACAGUCAGGUGUGCGGGCCCCCUUCCUGGAAAGUUAAAGGCACAGCCCAGACACAGAUUUUCUGUAGCCACCUGCAGGGACACAGAGUCACCUGGAUUGGUCGCUUCAAGCAUGUCCGUGUGGCUGAGACAGAGAAUGGGGCGCAGUCGGUCAUCAACAUGCUGCCAGUGUUUAUGGGAGACUGGCUGCGCUGCCUGUAUGGAGAGACGUAUCCUAAAUGUGAGCCAAAGAAUGCCACAGUCGCAAACCUAACAGCUGCCAAUUUGGCAGCCAACUCUGCAUCGGCUACAGUCUCACUGCCUGUACUGCCACAAAUGCAAGAAGAGGAAGAGUUGUGUGAGAUGAAGGCUCUGGCCAAACACACCUGCCAUGUCAAACGUUUCGACAGCUUCCGCUUUGAGGUGACAAUAGGGAUGGUCAAGGAUGGAAAUGUAGAGGCAGAGGACCCAGCCAGUGAUAUUGUCCUAAAGGCCAGUCAUGAGUUCCGGCAGGUCCUGCUUAACUUGAACCCUGGUAAUAUAGUGGACUUCAGCACCGAGCUGGAGGGUCGUCUAGGAUCCAAAUCUCCAGCCUUCGAGUUGAAGGCAAUCCACUGUCUGGAUUGUGUUGCUUCACCGUUUACUGACGGCAGGCAGGUGAAGAUAGAGAGAGACUGGAGAUGCACCACAAUGAAUGCACUAAAGUUUGCAUUCGAUUUUUUCUUUUCUCCUUUCCUGUCUGCAAAAAUCACUGCCAGAGAAGAAAGACAUCAGCAAGACACAUAGAAAGACACUUAACGGAGACAACAGCACAAAAUACACAACUGACAAAGUUCAUAAAGGCAUGGGUGUAGAUUUGGGUAUGGACAGUAAGGACAUGUCCCUACCUACCAAUAUCAAGGUGUUGCUGAAUUGUCCCUACCAAUAUUUUUACCGAUCUCAUACAGUCUAGCCACUUCAACUCCACAUAAUGUUUACGGUAAGAUCUCUGCAGAGUUCUCAGGUUUGUGUAUUAUCUGCAAAAAAGUGUGCUAUUAUGAUAAAGAGUGAAAGAGCAAGACAUGGGGGACACUCAACCUGAUGAUCUGGCAACCCUCAACUUCAAGCUGUACACAUUGACUAGCAGCAGCCCGCCAGCAGCAACAGCAGUAGUGGAGUCGAUGAGGUGGAGAAUCUGAAGCAGUUAGGAUUUAUAGUUUAAACGUUCCAAACAUCAAACAAUUGAAAACGACUUCAGUGGACAAAACUAAGAUUAUUUGAUAUAUAUUUAAUUUCAUUUUAGGUGUUGUUGGCUAAUUUGUGAUUAUUGCUCAGACAUGCUGUUUAAUUUAACAACUUCAUUAGCCUACUGUUGGUGAAAAUUCCUCCCAAAAGCAAAUUAAGACUUAAGGUCCUUUUUAAAGAAGAAAAAAAAUGUCAAUAACAGUUGAGCUUAGUUAACACUGAAUGUUCUCUAAUCAGUCCAAACAUUAAUCUUUGAAAUUAAUGGGAGAAAUAUUUACUAUUUAAUGCAAUAUCUCCCCUUUUUCAUGAGUGGAUCAAGAACAGAGUUAGUAUUGCAUAUGUGUCCUUAAGACAUGAACAUUAUUUAUAAGCUAAUUUAGCCAUUGCUUGUCCAACUGAUUUGUUUGUGACUGUCAGGCAUCAUUUCAUUAUGAAAGUACUGUCAGCAGCAGCCUGAGCAGCGCAGAGACAUACAGACAGGUGAGCUCUGAUGUUAUAGUGAAAGAUCUAGCCAUAAGUUCAGGAGAUGAAUGAAAAAUAAUACAAAUCUCAGGUGAGGUUUGAAAACUUUACAGCAGCUAGUUACUGAGCAGCACAUUACCUACAGGUUUCUAUACAUUUAUUGUAUUUUAACAUAUAUUGUGACAGUCUAUGAUAUGUCAUUUUUAAAUAUUAAUUUUGGUCUCAAAUUAAUAGUUAAGUAGUCUAUCAAUAAAAUGUAAAUAUCAGAGAAAAGAUCAUUAUAGAAGUCCGGUUUCAGGCAAGUCACUUAAUGCAUAUUCAGUAAAGUAAACAUUUUGUAGAGUCAGCCUCUUUAUGUGUGUAUGUGUGUGUGCACAUGUGCUUAUGAAAGAGAAAAGAGUGAUAGAGAGCAAGUACACAUACACAAUUAUUUUGGCAAUCCGAAAAAAAGAGUCCCUACCAAAGUUAGAACCAAACGUAUGCCCUUACAUAAAGGUUACUGUAAAACUGAAGUAAUACAUUUUUUCAGGAAGACACCUUGUAUUUUUCUUAUGAUGUGACUAUCAUGUUACUGAAGUAUUGUUAAGUAUUGUUAAUUGUAUUAAAAAUGAAUCUAAAGCUUAUUUCUUAUUUCAUGCUGAUAUUAUCUAGAAAAUGAUUUCAUAUUUUGGAUAGUAUGUCUUGUUAAUGCAUGAGUUUACACUUAAAGUGAUACUAAUUUUAUUGUUUCUGUUUAGGUACCUCUAAAGUAGUUCAAGAAUAGUUAGACACCAACUUUGACUAGAAUAAAAAAUCAUCCUUCUUCCGGGGUCACAGAUUUUAAAUUUGCCAGUUUCCAACAUUGUUAUAAGAACUACACAAAAGCCUGUAAUUUGAUGGCACCACAUUAUAUGCAGAGAAGGUAACACGUGCUGACCACUUCUGAAUAACUAUAGAGGUACUGUACAUCCAUUAACAAUAAAAUAUUCAUUUAUAUUCAUAUAAAUGUAUUCAUAUACCAGAGUGAACUUUACUUUAAAGCAAUGUUGUUGCUGCUUUUGUAUUAAUUGUACAGUUGUGUACAUGUUUGCAUGUAAAUGUGUGUUGUGUGUGUUUACAUGAGUACAUUUUUACAAUAUGUACAUUAACAUUUAUUUAUAGGUUGUGUGGCAGACUAUAUAUUCUGGAUCUGUUUGCUAAUUAUUUCUUGCCUUGUGGUCUUAACAUGUUCUGGUCUUAAUCUUUUUUUUUCAGUUAGUGAUCAGAUUUUCUUGUGCCUAAUGGUUUAAUUCACAUAAAAUGUCAAACAUUUAGAAACCCAAAAUAGCCCUUUGAACUAUUUGUUUUGCUCUCAAUAACGCUGUUAAUGGUAGGCUCAUAAACCUGUCAAAGUAUGCAGCUGUAGUCUCGCUAUCAGUUUCUAUUACACACGUAGACCAAAAUACCAUAUCAAAGAUGUCAUAGCUGAUGAUAGGUCUUACUAUUUAUGGUGUCUGGCCAAACCAUUCAGUAAUGCAUUAAGUAGCCUGGAGGAUGUGUUAUAAAUGUGUGUUUUUUGUUUUUUAAUAUAAUUUACAUCACAGCCUAGGGUGAGUGAUCCAUUGAGAAAAACAACAUAAAACAAAACUAUGAUCACAUUUAUUCCUAGAUUUUAAGAGUAACAAAAACAUUUGACAGUGUUCAUUCCGUAGACAUAGAGUGCCAAUCAUAGAAAUAUUUGAAACUAUUGGUUUUGCUUUACAGCAAAGUGUGCCUUUACAUUGCUCCAAUGUUAAAGUAAUGUUGUCACAUUUAUGAUGACAAAAUACUGUUAAGUCACACUUUUUAAUUUGGCUUUUAUUGAACUGCUGUAGAACGACUGAUCUGCAUAUAAUACUUGCAGUGCAAUGAAAAGCCUCACAAGUGAACACUGUUAUGAUGUAACCUCUAGUUACGGGUGAAUGCCAGUCGCUGAUGUCAAGCCUGUGCACUGUGAAUUUGAAUGCCUUCUUUAUGCAGUGAUGGAGUUUAUGGGAGUGUGCAAUGACUAUU